GAAGCAAGGAAUUACACAUAAAAACAGCAGAACCAGAACACCCUCCCCUGGACACACCCUGCUGAGGAUCACUGCUUCUCUUUUUUCUGAACCAUCGCCCACGCCACUCGGAGAGCACACUCUCCCUCAUCAUCAUCCAGUAGAAAACCCCUUUCUCCUCAUUUUCAUCCUAUAGAGGACACCUACAAUCUCAGAGGGCUGAGAUUCCCUGGUGAAGAUUGUAUUUUUUCCUUUUUUUCUUUUUUUUUCUUUUUAAUUUGGACUCCUGACAGAACAUAAGGGCCAAAUAAUAUAAAGGCCGAAGAGCAAACACAGACUCUGCCUUCAGCUUCAAGACCAGUGCAAAGAAGGACCUAGAUUUCUUUAUUGUACGUCAAGAAUGGUUACUCAGAUAAUCAGCACCAUGGAAACCCAGGUGUCUAACGGUCCCAGCGGAACCAGUCUGCCAAACGGUCCAGUCAUUAGCACCAAUGGCUCCACAGAUGACAGCAAAACUAACCUGAUCGUCAACUAUCUGCCUCAGAACAUGACCCAGGAAGAGUUUAAAAGUUUGUUUGGUAGCAUCGGUGAGAUUGAAUCCUGCAAGCUAGUCAGAGACAAGAUAACAGGUCAGAGUUUGGGAUAUGGCUUUGUAAAUUAUGUGGAUCCAAAUGAUGCAGAUAAGGCCAUUAACACACUCAAUGGUCUCAAGCUGCAGACUAAAACAAUCAAGGUAUCAUAUGCCCGGCCAAGCUCAGCAUCUAUUCGUGAUGCCAACUUAUACGUGAGUGGACUUCCUAAAACUAUGAGCCAGAAGGACAUGGAACAGUUGUUCUCCCAAUACGGUCGCAUUAUCACAUCGCGCAUCCUAGUGGACCAGGUUACAGCAGGUAUAUCACGAGGAGUGGGCUUCAUCCGGUUUGACAAGCGAAAUGAAGCCGAGGAGGCCAUCAAAGGUCUGAACGGACAGAAGCCUUUGGGUGCUGCUGAGCCAAUCACUGUCAAAUUUGCCAACAACCCCAGCCAGAAGACAGGCCAGGCCUUACUGACUCAGCUGUAUCAGACUGCUGCCCGCCGCUACACGGGGCCCCUGCACCACCAGACUCAGCGUUUCAGCAUGAUCCCUUCACUUGGAAAGGGACCAGAUCCAAAUAACAGCUCAAAACCAAUACUCGACAAUUUACUAAACGCCAGCUACGGAGUCAAGAGUUCUCCUGCUCUCUUCCCCAGAUUCUCCCCCAUCACCAUUGACAGCAUGACCAGCCUGGCCGGAGUCAACCUCACUGGUCCAACUGGAGCUGGCUGGUGCAUCUUUGUAUACAACCUGUCCCCUGAGGCGGAUGAGAGCGUCCUGUGGCAGCUCUUUGGGCCCUUUGGCGCUGUCACCAAUGUCAAGGUCAUCCGUGACUUCACCACCAACAAAUGUAAGGGCUUUGGCUUUGUCACCAUGACCAAUUACGACGAAGCUGCCAUGGCUAUCGCUAGCCUUAAUGGCUACCGCCUGGGUGACCGUGUGCUGCAGGUUUCCUUCAAAACCAGCAAGCAGCACAAGGCCUGAGAGAGAGGCUGCUGGCACCAGCUCCUUCGACCUGCAGGGAGAGCUACAUGAGCUCCCUCUGCCAUCACUCUACAUGGGCCUGGACUGAGUCUCUCUCUGACACAUUCUCACACAAAUUCAUAGUAUAUUACCCUUAACACAAACAUACAGACACACAUUCGCACAUAUGACCAAACAUAUCCACACAUAAGCAUACACAAGUCAGAGUUUCAAACAAACACACUAGUGGAGUUUUUCUUUUCUCUUUACGCAACAUGCUAGUCCUUCCCUAUAUUUGCCUGGAUUGAAUUAGAAGGGGUACGUAGCUGGUUUGUUGGGUAGGGGUAAGAGCUAUCUAUGUAGGAGACAGUCUAACGAAUGUGACAGAGAAUGUGUACUGAGUGCUUUGAUUGAAUUCAGGCAAAUGAUAACUGAUGAAGAAAUCGAUCAAAAAUGAUAGAAUAUGUGCAAUUUACCUAAACUCUUACCCCAUCAUCUCUCCCAUUAUCUUGCUGGAGAGGAUGUAGUCACUUUUUUACACUUGGGCAUUUUGAAUCAGCGAUUUUUUUUAGAUCAAAGAAAAUGAAAUUAAAAACAGUGUUCUCUUAUAUACGUCUAUUUAAAAUAUAACUAUAUAUUCAAUAUUUAAGGUGGUUAUAAUAGCCGAGUAUGUAAGCAUUUUCUAGAAACUUUGACUACUGUUUCCUGACCUUCAUUAGGUGGUGCCUAGUGUAAAGGCAGUUUCUCUACCCUAUGUGAGCUAGUUAGCUCAGACCCAAAUAGAUUUAGGUCAACCAAUGAAUACUGGUCACAGAGAAGAGUAGUCCGAAGGCCAUCAGAAUCACUCUUUCCCUCACAGUCUCACAUUGAACAACACAAUAGUACACUUAUGUAUAACACAAACACAGAUCUAAGUCUAGGAGAUAUAUAAAUAUUUAGUUCACAGAAAAAAAGUUCCUGUAUUUCUUUAAACCAAUCUUCAGGAUGGUUUUCACACAAGCAGACAGUCUGUAAACUUAGAGCAGAGUGGCAGUGCUCCCAUGCUGACAGCGUUCAUUAGUUAUUCUCUGGUGGGCAAGAGAGCGAGGGGGAACGUUUUUCACCACAGCACAGCCACAGCCAAAGAAAAAUACCGGUGUUUUUUUUUCUUCUUCUUCUGCACCAUUUCUUCACUGCACCUGUACUUUAGAUUCUCCACAAGCUAGCCAUUUUUAAUCAGAGGGCUUGGUCAGACAUGAUUUGGGUUGACAUCUUUUUUCAUCAACCCACCCCAUUGACUGAACAACAGUCCUGACAGGUCUGUAGAGAAACAACAAGGAUGAGCAAAAACCCAAGAGCACCGGUAUUAUUCUUCAGUCUAGAAGUUUGAAUACUUAAGGUCAAGUUUCACCAUUCAGAUAUCCAAUUAGAAACAUACAAAGAGCAGAUUAAUAGAACUUUACUUCCAAAUAAUGGACCAUUUAAGUUAUUUAAUAGUAAGGUAUGUGAGCGGUGUUACCUGACUAUGAGAUAAAAAAAGAUCACCUUCCCCUGAGGAGAAAGAAUACCACUUCCUUUAGCUUCACAAAAUGUUUCUCAAUGUUAUUUAAAACCCCUCUAUUCUCUUAAAAGCCUCCCAGAAUAUUGGAACUCCUGCCCUCUAAAAAGAUGACUGUGAAACAUCAAGCCUGCAGAUUAUUGUCAUAAUUAUACUUCUGUUUACAACAGAUGGGUUUUUAUUUAUUUGCUUCAGAUCUGUUUGGCCCCUCCACAAAAAUAGCAAUUCUCAAAAUAUCCCUAACCCAACUGCAUGAAAAUUAUUUAUGGCACCCUUGAUGAAACAUUAAUGCCAACCUGUCUAGUUGAAUGUCUGUAUAAGACCAGACCUAGAUUUACCAUGGGGAGAGCUAAUGUCUAACAAUAUCAAGGCAUUUGCACAUGAUAAUAGAUUAAAUAAGGUCAAGUAUAUUCCAGACAUUUUUGCUUUUGCUUUUCUAAAUGACGCUGUGUUAGCCAAAGAGGACGAUCUCUUUGAAAGGAUUACAUUAGAGAUAAAUCUAUUUUUAUACAUACAAAGGAACAAGACCUUGUGCUGAAUUUUUACAGAUUCUUAAGCUUGGAAAAAUUGGGACAUCGCAUGGCUUUAUUUUAAACCCUCUGAUCUUUGCAGAGUAAGGGGGAAUAAGCAUGCGGUGUAAGGGUGGGGAUUUAGGGAGGGGGCGAAGGA